AUGGCUCUUCACUGCGCCUUCAAAGAACCCACAAUGGUAGCGCAAGCGGGCGUGUUCCACGAGCGAAAGCUACAUAUACCCCUCGAAAGCCUUCCGCCCUCCCACGUAGAGCAGGUCAGGAACCUCUCCCCGUACAGCUCGAUUCUGGACAAAGACUCACACUCUUCCUCAUCUCUUCAGACAACUUUUGACAAGAUGCUGUCCAACGUGUCAUCAAGUCUCUUCUUGUUCGUCAUCAUCUCUGCGGUUGUAUGUGGUUCGGCACAGGCGUCGUCAUACACCGUUCUCAUUCCGUGUGGAGACAACACCGACAACACUCAUCCCAUUGUACCCGAUGCUACGUGCCAAAAGAUCUCCUCAACCGGUGCCUUCACCGUCGCUCAGCUGGGUGAGCUCGAGGGCAACACCAAGAUCGGCUUCUCAGCCACCCCCGAUUGCAAGCAGACCUACACGACGGACGAGCUGGGAGAGCUGCAAGAAAGUCAGGAGUGUAGAGGCUAUGUGACUGUUCAACAUGAUGCGAAUGGCGCCAAGACGGAUGACAAGAAGAAAGAUGAUGUCCCAGACCAGCCGCCGAAGGACGAUACGAAAGAUGAUAUCCCGAACCAGCUGCCGAAGGACGAUAAGAAAGAUGAGCAGUCCAAGGAGAGAUCCCUAGUGAAGCGAGUUGUCGGCGGAUUCUCGUUCAAAAGACGCGAUAGCCAGAAGCCAGCCAAGGAUACUCCUAUGGAGGAGAAGGCAAAGACGCCGCUUGCUUAUGUGAUGCUCGUUACCGCUUGA